UAUUGGAACAAUGAGGGUGAAUAUUGAAUUCCCACCUCGUGUAAGUGUCAUUGCCAUUAGAUUAAAGACGUAUAGGGAUCAACAACACCUUUUGUAGUUAGCAGUUGUCUUAGGAUUUGCAUCUCAAGAUCCGACGGAUCAAAUUAUGACACGGUCGGUUGUAUAGAGGAUGUUCCAGAAUUGAACCCGCAGAAUCCUCCUUUUGUAGUGUUUUCAAAUUACAGGAAAUUAAAUUAUUCAAUUGUUUAGAGAAUGUUCUUCAUGCUAGUGGUGUGUGUGCAUUUUGAGUUGUAUAAGAGGAAGAAUCAGCCAUUAGUUUCAGGAGUGGAGGGUCUAGACACGGCACUGAUCGUAUCACAGACCUCUGUUUGGGAACUUGAACCAACUCUUACUUGCUGUCACUGCCCAAGCUCCAGCAUCAAACUUGCCUAAUUUCUUCACGUUUUUUCAUCUUCCCAGUACUCCCCCCAGUGGCUUUUAAGAUCAACCACCUUCAAGUUUUGGUGUUGUUAGUUGAAGAUGAAGUUCUUCAGCUGGAUGCAGACUAAACUAAACGGCAAACAGGAGGAGAAGAAGAAGAACAUCCCACAUACAUUCUCUACUUCUCAGCAUAAAAAACAAGAAUCUCGUGAAGAGUUCAGCGAUUGGCCUCAUGGAUUGCUAGCAAUUGGAACUUUUGGCAACAAUGAUAUUAAAGAUGAACAAGACAUACAAGAGGAGGAGGAUCCAUCUUCUUCAGAACAGAUAGUUGAUAUCUCUCCUGAAGAAGUUGGUAAAUUACAGAAAGAGUUAACAAAGCUUUUAUCUCGAAAACCGAACGCCGAAAAGCAGGUUGCAGAUCUUCCAUUGGAUAGAUUUCUCAACUGUCCCUCAAGCUUGGAGGUCGACAGGAGAAUCAGCAAUCCACUUUGCAGUGAUUCAGAUGAUAAAGAUGAAGAUAUUGAAAGAACCAUUGGUCUUAUCAUUGGCAAAUGCAAAGACAUUUGGGCUGAUGGUAAAAAGAAAGCUAUUGGGAAGAAAUCCAUCUCUUUUCUGCUCAAAAAGUUGUUUGUUUGUAGUAAUGGCUUCACUCCUUUACCACCACCAAGUUUGAGAGAAACUCUUCAAGAGUCUAGAAUGGAAAAGCUUUUAAGAACAAUUCUCCAAAAAAAAAUCUCCCCACAACACGCCUCUCGAUCUUCAUCGUUGAAGAGGUACAUAGAGGAAAAGCCGUCACCAAAAAACAGAAACGAUGAAGAAGAGCAGAAAAAAGAUGCCAAAGAUGGAUCCAAAUGGGACAAGACUGAUUCCGAGUAUAUCGUUCUCGAGAUAUAAUCCCGUCUCCUUUCCUAAUCAAUCUUCCAUCUAACUGAUUUGAAGAAGAUAUUCAAUCUCCACCCUUUAUCUUGAUACGGAUCGAACGGUGGGGAUGUUGUUCAUCACAUCAAAACAUCUUAUUAACGGUGAUUACAUUUUUUUCAUGGUUGUAUGUUAUGGAAACAGAGCAACUCAUGUUUUGAAACAUCGUCAAAAAAGUGUUCAUGUGAUGAACAGAGAGUUGCAUUUUUUUCACUUUAAUUUGCUGCAUAAUUCUUCUUCGAUGUUGUUGUUGGGGGCUCCCUUUGUAACAUACUUGAGGCAAAUAACAUUUUGUAUUGUAAUAAAGUUUCCAAGACAAUGUU